CUGGCCCUGGCACUGGCACUGGCACCGGCCCUGGCACUGGCACUGGCCCUGGCACAGCCGCGGCGCCGCUCCCGUCCCGGCUCAUCCCGGCGCCCGUGCCCGGCUGUGGGACCCUGCCUGCCCCUGGUGCGGUCCUGGCAGAGCUGCGCGGCCCCGGGCGGUGGAGCGAGGGCAGGGUGACCCCAGCACACCCCCGCGCACCCCGCGCUGCCCGCAGCGCCCAGCCCUGCGCGCCCGGACCCUGCUCAGCCCGGCCCUGCCAGAGGCUGCGGGAUGGCCGAGGGGGAAAUCACCACCUUCACCGCGCUGACAGAGAAGUUCGACUUGCCCGCGGGCAACUACAAGAAGCCCAAACUGCUGUACUGCAGCAACGGGGGGCACUUCCUGCGCAUCCUGCCCGACGGCACCGUGGAUGGCACCCGCGACCGCAGCGACCAGCACAUUCAGCUCCAGCUGAGUGCAGAGAGCGUGGGGGUGGUGCACAUCAAGAGCACGCAGUCGGGGCAGUACCUGGCCAUGGACACCAACGGGCUCCUCUACGGCUCGCAGUUACUGGGUGAGGAGUGCCUGUUCCUGGAAAGGCUGGAGGAAAACCAUUACAACACCUACGUGUCCAAGCUGCACGCGGACAAGAGCUGGUUUGUGGGGCUGAAGAAGAACGGGAACAGCAAGCUGGGCCCGCGGACUCACUACGGCCAGAAGGCGAUCCUGUUCCUGCCCCUGCCCGUCUCACCCGACUGAGGCAGCCCAGAGCCCUCCCCAGAGCCCUCCCCAGAGCCCAAACCCCAACUGCUGCUGCUGCCUCCCUAGAGCUCACCAGAGCUCCGAGCCGUAGCUCAAGGCUUUGCCAAAUCCAGCCAAAGCAGAGCCCCUGUGCUCUGACACCUCCCAAAGUCCAUGGGGCCCCAUCUCCCCCUGCCCCCAGCCGUGUGCCAGUGCGUGCCAGGACCCUCAGCUGUGUGCCAGUGUGUGCCAGGACCCUUAUUCAUUUGUGCCAUGACCCUCAGCUGUGUGCCCAUGUGUGCCAUGACCCUCAGCUGGGUGCCAGUGUGUGCCAUGACUCCCAGCCAUGUGUGUCUUUGUGUGCCAUGACCCUGAGCUGUGUUCCCAUGCGUGCCAUGACCCUCAUCUGUGUGUGCCACGACCCUCAGCCGUGCCCCCACGUGUGCCAUGACCACGCUGCAGCUGCCAGGACCUGCCCUGGGCAGGCACCCAGGAAUGUCCCCGAGGUCACACCAGUUCCCAGAGAAUCACACGCUUUGUGUCCCCAUGCAUCCUAAGGCAAAACCUCCCCGGAUACUGUGUGUUCAUGUAUUUAUCCAUGCAGGUGUGUAGCUUCUGACACACCCUCGAGCAAUUCCAGAUUGCACCAUCAGUGCCCUCACCCAGGGCCAGCCUGGUGAGUGCCAGCUGGGCACGUUAAUCUGAGCUAGGCAAAGCUCCAGCCUCAGGCCUUGGCCUCCCUCACAACAUCAGUAGUGUGCAUUUCAUGCUAGUACCUGCCAUAUGUUAUUUGUAUUUAUUUAUUAAGUAAAUAUGUCUCUUGUACAAGCUGUUCAUAAGUAAUUCCAGGCACCCUGGGGCUGUCCCAGUGAGGAUGGGGCAGUGGCAGUGGCCGGUGUGAGGGUGUGAUGUACAACAGCAAGGGUGGCAGAGCAUCAUUCCCAGAGGGAUUCCAACUACUGCCUCUGUGUCUGGCUAACUGGGGCUCUAAAAAGGGCACUGAGGCCCCUUGGUGGCUCCCAAACCCCUGUGAAGCUGAGUUUCUCCACUGCUGGCACAAUGCUCAUGUCCCAAGCAGCUCUAGAGCCACUCCUGGCAGCAGAGAACAUCACCAGGACAGCACACUGCCAUGCUCCAUCCACCCAGAGCACCCACAGCUCCUCUGGAAAACCUCUGCCAGGGCCUCACCACCCCACGGGGAAGAAUUUCUCCCUAACACCAAAUCUAAAUCUACCAUCCUUCAUCUUAAAGCAUUUCCCCCUUGUCCUAUCCUGCCCUCAGGCACAGGGACAAGACACAAGUGUUUCCUGCUCCCAGCAAACCCGGGAUCAGCCAUCCCACAUGGAGGAGGGAAUAAAAGGCACUCUGCCUUGCAUAUUUCUGCAGCAGCAAUUAGCCACUAAUUGCUCUGCUAAUUACUGCACUCCUGAACUCCUGCACUUGCUGGCUCCCAAACCUUCUCCCCAGCACUGACAGCAUCUCUGUAACCCCAGUGCUCCCAGGCAAACAGGAGCUGGCAGGGGAAUGGUGGAGCCAGAGCUGGCAAGGAGCACGUGCCAGCUCCUGUGGUCCUUCAGAGCUGCUUCCCACCUGUGGGAUCCACGAGGAAACAGGGGGAAGGUGGAUUCUCCUAAUCCUGCAGGUCCCAGCUGCUCCUCUUGGCCAAGGGACCCAGCCACUGCCUGCCUCAGCUGCUCUGGUGGGCCCAGCACGGUAUUCCAUGGCAAACACAAAAGCUGGGCACGACAGGGGGAUGUGGACAGCCAGCAACACCCACACUCCUCUUAAACCCUGUGAGAGGCUGGGCUGCCACUCGAGUCAAAAAGUGAAUUAAUGCAUGAGCAGGAGAUCCAGGUUCCUAAUUAAACUGGAAAGCUGGGCCGUGUAAUGCUGGAUUUAGCUGUGCUGUCUUGCAACACCUCAUUAACCCAGGGCACUCUCUCGUUAGGCUGCUGCUGCUCCCAAACCACCCCCGCAGGUACAGCUUGACACCCAACGGGGGAAAAAUGUCAACACCUGGUCUGAAAAAUAAUCCCCGGGGCGGCCACACUAAUUGCUUCAUACAGAUGGACAAGCCAGCAUUGCCUGGAGAAACCAUGCUCACCUGGGGGUGUUUGUCCUUAGGGUGAGAGGCAGAAAAGGAGAAUUAUAAGACUUAAUAAAAUCAUUACAGGUGAGUAUCUUUCCCAGGAAGUGCUGUGAGAGGGCUGCUGGGCAGGGCUGCGAUGUAGGGCGGGAGGCACCGCACAAUAAAGAAAAUAAAUAAAUAAACUCAGCCCCGCAAGCUGAACCUCCGGGAUGCCCGGGAGGCACCGCACAAUAAAAAACAUAAAUAAAUAAAUGCAGCCCCGCAGGCUGAGCCGCGCGCCCCCUCCGGGGUGC